UGAGUGACUAACAUGUGAGUAACAUUAACUUAAUCAUAUUAAUGAGGCUUUUGACAAAUUCAGAAAAGGAGACGGUCUUAUCACGUGAUCCCUGAUCCUGAUACCUGUGUCAGGAGUGUUUUUAUUUUUCAUGGGUUUGGUAUUUCAGCCUAAAAAUUCCUUCUGGGGACCUGAGCUUUUUAUAUCUACUUUAUAUUGGUCAUGUUAAGUACUUAAAAUGUUAGAUUUUAAUCCGGAUUUAACUAAGGGAAAGAAUCAGGCAAAUUAAAAUGAAAGGAAAUUCUGUAAAACGACUGACCCUGUACUCUACAAAAAUGGCAAUGUCAGAAACACCACCCCUCUCCAAAACAAACAAAAAGAAAGCCAUGGCUUGGGGACCAUUCUAGACUAAAGGAAACUAGAAGUUUGACAACUAAAUAUAAUGAGUGAUCCUUGAUUGGACCCUGGAUCAAAAAAUAAGAAGUUAUAAAGGACAUGUUGGGACACUUAGGGAAAUUUGGGAAAGCAGGUGUGACAGAAAAUUAACAGUUGGUUCAUCCAAAGUGCCCAUUGUGCAAUUCUUGUACCCUCUUCAUAGAUUCAGACUUAAAUUUUUUUCAAAAUAAAAAGUUGCAGAAACUAUUAGACUUUGUGAAGUAGAGAAAUCUAAGCGAUAAUCUAAGACUUUCAUCAAGUAGAUCAAGACGUAAGUGUUGAGAAUGUGGAUAACAGUUUCUCGAGCUUACUACUGUUAGCAAACCAAACUUGGGUCCACUCACCCGCACACAGUAAAUCCAACCUACUGACACCAGGUUGUGGUGAAGAAAGUACAGCAUUUAUUGCAGGCACCAAGCAAGGAGAACAGGCAGCUCUUGUUCAAAAGACCUGAGCUCCCCAGUGGCUUUCACGGAAGGGAUUUUAAAGGCAUUGGAAGGGAGGGGGCUGUAGGUGCGUGAUUAGCUUGUGCCCGGUUCUCAGACUGGUUGGCAUCAAGGUGAAGUUUCAAGAAUCAUUGACCUUCUGGUUUCAACCAGUCUGGGGUCUCUGUCCUUGCAGUCAGCAGUUUUCAUCUGGUGGGUUCUGCUUCCUGUACAAACAACUUAGGAAGGCGUGUCAGGCCUUUAUCUAUAGCUUUCAGGGAACUGGGAGUUCGGUGACUCUGCUAUGUGGCGGAUUUAUAGUCUAAAGUGUUACCAGUUCCCCAGCCCAACAGCUAUUCUUUGUUUCUCCAUCUUCACGUUUCCUAUCAUUAACUCUCGAUUCAGCCUUUUACUUCAAAAGACAGGGAAACAGGGGCUUGUGCACGGUUUCACUAAGGCACGUGCUUUCAUAGUGCAUAGACAUACAGCUGCUCCACAGCUAAGAUUCCCUCCUCCAAGUAACCGUUAGACAUAGUCGGUCUCUGACCAGCAGAGCCAAGGUGGUUCACGGUGACUGCCUGGAUUCUGGUUUGCACAGGCUUUACUAUGACCGCUGAUCAAACAACACUGUUACGUACAGGAUAGCCUCUGGUAUAAUAAGAAUUUUGUGAAUUCAGAAGUCCUUCACUAGAUACUCAUCAAGGACUUCCACGCACCAGGCAUUGUUCCUCGGGGCUCACGGAAGACCUUUGAGAUCCUGCUUCUCAUGGAAAUUGUGCUCUGGGUGGGAGGGAUAGAAGUAGCUAAGCAAGGAAUGAGAUGGACUGGGUGAUUUCAAAAAUUGCUAAGUCUUGUAAAGAAAAAGAAAAUCAUGAGGGUAACAGGACAGAGAGUGAUGAGGCAGGUGCGACAGGAUAGUCAUGACGUGAAGGCUUCUCCGAGGAGGUGACCCAUCAUCAAGCUCACGAGGAAGAAUGUUUUACUUUACAUGUCUCUGUUACUGACUCCUCAUUCCGCCAGCCUUCAAGUUUGCCCUUGAUGUCAAAGUCAAGGAUCUUCUGAAACCUGAGUGCCUGCCGGGCUGCCAUGGGGUCUGUGCGUCUGGUUUAUCCACGCCAAGUGACUGCAGGGUGUGCUCGUUUCCUCGUUCUCUUGUUUGAUGAAGGCGGAUGUUCUCCGUGUACUUUUCAUCUUUAUGAUGGACUUUUAAGAAAGUUAAAUCUAAAAACCACAGAAAGCCCAUCGUUUGCUCACACUGACACAUGGUGAUGAAAGUGAGUUAUUGUCUCCGAAUAAUGCUGCAGGAAGUCUUCCAACCAGCAGUUUUCAGGAACGCCGCACUGGCACCCCUCUGAAUUACUAUCUGCUUUUGCUAAUUCACUAUGACAGGUUUCUAAAGCAAUUCAAGUUCAUGUAAAAGCGGUGACAGAGAGAUUAUUCAAACUUGCGUAGAGGAGGGUGGAGGAAAGAACUCUAUGACAUUCUCCUCGUAGCACCAAGCAAGAUCCAUUGAGAUUCAUUUCCUGGAAGCAUUAAAUAUGUUUUAUUUUUUCCUCUUCAGCCACCUUUUCAGUUUCAUCUGAUAAUUAUAUUCUAUCUGCAGUGCUUGAAUUUAUCCCAGAGCAUAGAAUCAGUCAGCUGAUUCUCUAGCCCGGAGGCCGCCAAGGACAGGAAGUGAAGACAGUAUUCCUAAGCAUUAGAGAAAUUCCAAUUUUUAAAAUUCAGGCCAAAAUUAUGUCCCUCAUAUAAAAGCACUCAGGAGAUAGUCUGGCAGGUAGAAAAGAUCCUACGUAGGAUUCAAGAUAUCUGUGUUCCUUUAUUUCCCAUUUCCACCUAGGUGAACCAGAGCUGGCCUUCCGGAUGGCAGGGUGGGGGCCAUAGCGCCACACAUAAAGGAUCUAGAGUCCGAGAGCCUCGUCCGAGGUCCAGCCCCUCCACUUACAAUUGUGAACUUGGAUCGAGGCCUGGCCCAGAGUAAACACUCUGUAGACAUGAACCGGCUUUCCUCCUUCCCCCCCGUCUUGUUUCUUUUUUUUUUGUUUUUGUUUUUGUUUUUUUGCGGUACGCGGGCCUCUCACUGCCGUGGCCUCUCCCGUUGCGGAGCACAGGCUCCAGACGCACAGGCUCAGCGGCCAUGGCUCACGGGCCCAGCCGCUCCGCGGCAUGUGGGAUCUUCCCGGACCGGGGGACGAACCCGCGUCCCCUGCAUCGGCAGGCGGACUCUCAACCGCUGCGCCACCAGGGAAGCCCCCGUCUUGUUUCUUUAUGCCUGGUGACUCACACUCCCACCCACCUUUCACCAUCCACCCGCUCAGCGCCGGCCAGUCUGCUGGCCUUCGUUCUGUUUGUCGGAGACGCUGAGCAUGUUCCUGCUCCAAACCUGCUGAGUUUGCACUUGAUGCUGCUCCCUGGGUCCCCCCUUCAGCUCACCCGUGGCUGCUUCUCAUGCUUAGCUCUCAACUCAGACGUCACCGCUCAGAGCAGCUCCCAUCCUCGAUCACACCAACACAUUACCCUGAUGGGUUUUCCUUGUGGCUUCUCUCCCUCUCCUGAGUUAUCUUGAUGCUUCCUUUGCUGGUUUUGAUGAUCUUUCCACCCUGAGCUCUGUGGGAGCAGUGGCCUUGACUACCGUGGGUGCACCAGCCCCCGGCAUAUACUAGUUGCUCACUAAAUAUUAGUUGCAUGGGAGUUACGGGGGACUCCUUGCGAGGUGGAGGGGCCUCGUGGAGCCGGUCUGAAGGUCAGAUGGUACGAGGUUUCUGAGAGGACUUUAGAAGUUAUAAAACUCUAUGCAAAUAACACAUCGUUCAGUCUUCCCUCCCAUGGAAGCACCCCUUUCUUAUUGCCCCAAACUAAGGCAUACUCUUCAUAUUCUUGCAGCAUGUUCUGUAAAGACCUGGCAUUUCUGACACAUGCCUUAACUCCUGAUACAUCUCAUUAGCAGGAGUUUCAAAUGAAACUCGGAGGAAUUUGAAGCAAGAGGAAAAAAUCCUUCGGCUUGGAAAUUGGUCAUCAGCAAACCGUUCCCAGGUGCAGCUUCGGUGCCGGAGAGCACGCAGAGCCUGCAGCAUUGCAGUGAUGCCCAGCAUUCAAACUCCACACAGCUGCCCUGUGCCAAGUUUGGCUUCAAGAUCACGGCAUCCUGUGCCUGGUUUGGGGAGGAGGAGACAAAUGCACAGAUUUCAGCUCAGAGGUACCCAAGCAUGGACCGGAAUAAUGAAGGGAUACGUGUAUUAGCUGCAGCCCCUUGAACCACGCAAGAAGGAAAUCAACAGUGGGGACAGGGCUGGAAGCGUUACCACACCUGCUUGUUGGAAUAAAUGAAGAAUGGGCUUGUGAUUAUGCUGACAUUCCAGCAUGAAUCUGGUGGACCUGUGGUUAACUCGUUCCCUCUCCAUGUGUCUCCUCCUACAAAGUUUUGUUCUUAUGAUACUGUGUUUUCAUUCCGCCAGUAUGUGUCCCAAGGGCUGUCUUUGUUCUUCCUCUGGGGGUUUAAAUGUCACCUGCAGCAAUGCAAAUCUCAAGGAAAUACCUAGAGAUCUUCCUCCUGAAACAGUCUUACUGUAUCUGGACUCCAAUCAGAUCACAUCCAUCCCCAAUGAGAUUUUUAAGGACCUCCAUCAACUAAGAGUUCUCAACCUGUCCAAAAAUGGCAUUGAGUUUAUCGAUGAGCAUGCCUUCAAAGGAGUCGCCGAAACUCUGCAGACUCUGGACUUGUCUGACAACCGGAUUCAGAGCGUGCACAAAAACGCUUUCAAUAACCUGAAGGCCAGGGCCAGGAUUGCCAACAACCCCUGGCACUGCGACUGUACGCUCCAGCAAGUUCUGAGGGGCAUGGUGUCCAAUCACGAGACAGCCCACAAUGUGAUCUGCAAGACCUCCGUGCUGGAUGAACACGCCGGGAGACCGUUCCUCAACGCUGCCAAUGAUGCUGACCUUUGUAACCUCCCUAAAAAAACGACUGAUUAUGCCAUGCUGGUCACCAUGUUUGGCUGGUUCACCAUGGUGAUCUCGUACGUGGUGUAUUACGUGAGGCAAAAUCAGGAAGAUGCACGAAGACACCUCGAAUACUUGAAAUCCCUGCCGAGCAGGCAAAAGAAAGCCGACGAACCCGACGAUAUUAGUACAGUGGUGUAGUGUCCGCACUGACUGGCAUGGAAAAAGAAAUCCGUUUGGGAUUGCAGUAGAAUAAGUGGUUUACUUCUCUCAUCCAUUGUAAACAUUUGAAACUUUGUAUCUCAGUUUCUUUUGAAUCCUGCCACUGUUGAACUUUUAACAAACAUGACAGCAUAAAUCAUUUGCGUUUCGGUAAUCCACCCCUCCGUUGUACUCCUGGUGGUAUAUUCCUGAGUCAGCUACUUCCCUGAACCUUAGUUCUAUCCAUCUCAGUAUUUAAUAAUGAAAUUUAUUUUUUUAAUUUGAAACCAAAUAAAAGCCUAACUUUGAACCAUG